UCCGAGUUUCUACCCAAUUUUAGCUUACACUUGUAGACUACGCCGCCGGUCGUCCCAUGUAUCGGAUUACCAACACCCUGGCACCAACACAACUGCUACCAGCGAUUGCGGGCCGUGGCAUACAGGUACAAAGGUAGGCAACAUUCGCAGCGAGCAAGGCUGUUAGUAGAAGAUGUCGCGGUAUGCAGCUCUUCCCGCCUAACAUCCAGAGCAGCCGUGGCUCCCUAGAAGCAGCACCGGCGCGAUAACGAGCAGUACUAGUCGUAUUAUUCUCGACGACAUCCCACUUGUAACUCUGCAGCUUGACAACAUGGCUGGAUCAGACUGCAGGUCCCUGAACCUCCCCUCUAUUCCCGAUGCUGACCUUUUCGAUUUCGACGAAAAGGCCCCCCUCCUUUCUAUUGACAUAGACCUAUCAGGGGAAAUCAACACCGUGGUUGGCGGGGACAGUUCUGACCAUCAGACCAAGGCAUUACAAUUCCCCCCAGGGCCCCACAGUCACCAUGACACCACCUUUGAAUCCUGGACCAUCACCUACCACCAGCCCGUCACCCGCACUAUCUCACAGUACCGCGCCCUGGGUAUAACCUGGUGGAGCCGCACCGACGUCGAGGAAGGGUAUGUGCUCUCGGUGGUGGCCAAUCCGCACUUUAGCCAGGGAGAGCUGGCGGCAACAGUCGCGGAGCACCAGGCGGCAGCGGCAGCAUAUCACCUGCAGUCUGCCAACUUCCAGCAGAAGGGAGCAGUCAGCCAAACCAACAACGAUAACAGCAACGGACUGGCCCUGCAGUACACAGCGGGUCUGACACAGAGGCUGCGCGCUCUGGACUGGAAGGUCCAGGACGAGAUCUACGACCUGCUAAGCGACCGCGCCCAGAGCAGCAGCAGCCCCUUUAGGCGGUGGGAGUGGCGGGUUGUGGUCAUGUCUGCCGUGCCGGGCGGUGACAUGACCGAUGCCGGCAGCGAGGGCAUGGGCAUGAAGGCGGCGAUGGAUGGACAGGGACUCCGGACCGCUGGCGGCGAGGAUCAAGGUAGGUCCUCUCAUUGCCUGCCGUUUGCGGGCAUCUGGCAGCGCGUGAAGACGGCGUGGCGGAACGUGAAGGCAAGGAGAAGGGAGAUGAGGAGGAAGAGAAGGGAGCGGGGCCUGACGAUUGUCGAGUACAGAUUGAUUCUGCGCGGGACAGAGACCAAGACGAGUGAACAGGGAUGGGGGGUCUAUAACCGGUACAGUCGGCCUUGGAAGACGUUCGAUUAUAAGGAGAUUGCAGAGAUUAGGGCUGAGAGAAGGCUGUCGUCCAUAUCACGGACAAGUGAGAAGUAUGUUGUUUUUUGAGGGUGGAAGGGACAUAUCUAGGAGAUGCCCCAGACUGGAUGUCCGGCAUGAUACUGGAUAAGGUACCUUGGCCAUCAGUCAGUCGUCUUUACCCCCUUUCCAUUUUGUUUCAUAGACGAGGUCCAGCCCAGACAUUGCUACCAAUCACUUUCAUCGAAUG